AUGGAGCCAACAGCCAAGGGACGGACUGAGAAGAGUUUCAGCUACGUCAUCAGAGCCCCCAGCAGUGAGGGGUUCGACAUAAUGAACGUUGAUGUGAAGAUUGACACAUCCUGGAUAUUCCAGGACAUGGAAGAUAGUGCUGAGGAGCGGGAAUGUCUUCAGGAAGAAGCAGCUGGUCGCCCAGACACGGAUAUGGGUGCGCUCAGGAGGCAGCUGGAGUCCUCCGAGCAGAAGCCGUCAGCAGCGGAGGACAAGUACGUGACAUCGGAGUCCGGGCUGAGAAGCAGAAUUCAGGAGCUGGAGCUGUCAGAAAGGAAACUCCUCCGGAAGGUGGACCAGCUGAGCACCCACGUGGCCCAGGAGAGAAGCGCCUGGCUCCAGGCCCAGGAGAAGCUGGCGGCGCUGCAGGGGGAGUUGGCCAGCCAGAUCCGGGAGAAGGAGAGCGUGGCCAGGCGGCAGCAGUGGUGGCUACGGCGGUUGCAGGAGCGGUUGCGGCGCAAGGACGAGGCACUGGGGCAGCAGGCGGCGGCCCUGGAGCGCUGCCGGCGGACCCAGCGGCGCCAGCUGGGCCUGGUGCGCGAGCAGGAGCGCGUCCUGCGGGAGCAGGUGCAGCGGCUGGAGUGCGACGUGCGGCGCCUCGGCCGCGCCGCGGGCCUCCUGCUGGCCCAGUGGGACACCGCGGCCCUGGGCUCCCAGGGCGCCACCGAGGCGGCCGCGGAACUGCGCGCCCUGCAGGCGAGGGCAGAGCGCAGCGAGCGCGAGCGGGAAGAGGCGGCGCGCAGGCUGCAGGAGCACCGGGCCACCGAGCGCCAGCUCCGCGGGCAGCUGGAGGAGCUGCGCUGCUGGAUCUAUGGGCUGAAGCUGUCAGAGAUUGGCCUGCAGGGCCAGGUGGAGGACCUCGCCCAGCAAAACCAGUGCCUGAGAGAGGAGCUGGGAGCCCAGGUCCCUGUUGGUCACUGCAGCCUGGACGCUCUGGGCUGUGUUCAGGGUGACUCACUGCCCCUGCCCAGGGAGGAGGCCCUGGACCCCUGCAGAAGCCAAGACUGGUGGAACUCCCUGCGGCCCGAUGAUGCCCCCAGACAAACGGCCCCAGCAGGCCAGUCCCCAGAGGGGCCCUGCACCUGGAGCUGCAUCAGGCCUGGACGGGCCUCUUCUGUUUUGGCUCCAGGCCCGGAGACCACAAGCGAGCUCCCCAGAGACCUGGCCGGAUCCAGCCGUGAACAGCUUACUCUGGCAGAGCCCAGCUUGGAUGAACAGAUUCUUCUCCUGGUCUGUGGCUGCCCACCAGGGGAGUGCUUGGACGAGUCACUCCUCCCCAUGGACCUGGCCCGGAUUUCAGAGAAUCUAGCAGCUGACCCAGCUGCAGAAGCCUUUCUCCUGGUGCAGACGUCCGCACUCCCUCUCUGGGGGCCGGCUGGGGACUCCGCUUCUUGGCGACCACUGCUGCUCCAGGAGGUUCCCUCAGAUGGACAACAAACCCAAGAAGAGUUGGCCACCAGGUCCCCGCCUCCUCCCAAAGCCACAGGACACCCAGGCUGGGAUUGUCACCAGACAAGAGGCCGCAGUGCCUCCCUCUUCCACGAGGCCCCAUACAUUUCAAAUCACCGAUUUCUGAAAAAACACCCCAAGGAUCUGAAAGACACUUGGAACAAUGGAGGAGGAAGCCUUGCGGGGAGAACUGAAGAGGGGGAGGCAAGGGGGACUUUGGGCAGGAAGGGGAAAAACCUUGGUGACAAGCACCAGCUAAGUCAGGAAAGCCAUCAGAACCUGAGCUUGGAGAAUGGGGCUGGAGCUGCAGAGGACGUGCAGGAUCAGAAUGGGGCUUCAGAGACUAAGGCCACCACCUGCCGCCCUGGGUCCUGGCAGGAGUUUUUGAUGCCUCUUCUACAGGGGGAGGCCUCAGUAUCAAAGGAGGGUCCCGAAUCCCUGAGCAGGAGGGAAAGGGUGGAAGGAUACGUCUGGGGUCUCCAAGGAGGACUGUCAUCAGAGAAUGAGGAAGUGGCGCCCCCAGCCACCUUCUCCAGGGCUAAUGAGACCAAAGAGCCAUGGCCAACAGACAGUCAGCUCCUCGCAGGGAAAGUCAGAGCCACUGGGAGGACAGCUAGGGGCAAGGAGGAAAACCAAGUGUGGCUUGGAAAUGCUCUGCUUCUGCAAGGAGGAAGCCUGGAGGACAAAGGGCUAGAGGAAGAGGAUGAGAUGCCGCAUCAAGAAGCAUCCGGUCUGGGGUGCAGGGGUGCCCCCGAGGAGCCUGACUCCCAGGAACAUGAGAGCAAGGAAAUGCUUUUCUUUGCAGGAGAGACAGGUUUGCCACUGUUUCCCAGAUUCGCCUUAUCAGUUGAAGGGGCCGAACCCACUGGUCAUGGUCAUCCACGGGCUGUGAGCAAAGGACACGACAGGUGUGCACUCACAAUCGAUGAGCUUGCACAGGACGUGGAGGCUUGUUUCCAGCAGCUGUCCACCCUGCAGCCGGGCAGCGAGGGCUGGCAGUGCUCAGCCUCUGCAUGUAGGGGAGAGAACUGGAGCUUUGCUCAGAAGUGGCACAGUGGCAGGGAGAGAGCUCACUCUCAGCAGGUUUGGGGAAAUUGGGGUAUUUGUUCUGAUGAAGAAGCAAAGUCUAAAGAGAGUGGUGAAGGUGAUAAGCCAGGAAAGGCCAUGGCCCUGGGCACCAGUGAAUUUCCUGGUAACCCAGGGACACUGCCUGAUUGGGAUGAAGCCAGCCCAAACCCUCCACAGGGGCCUGCUGAGCCCUGGGGUGCCCUCGAGAGAGUGAGGAGCAGGUUUCGUCAGCUCAUUUCUGGAUUGAAGAAACAGAGAAGCCAGAUUUUACAUGACAACACCAAGCUUCACGGAGACCAAGAGAGGUUCCAUGAAAGAGUGUGCGCCCUUGAAAGAGAGAGAGAGAGAGAGGUGACAAAAAUAUCCAGGCUCGAGCGGGAUAACCACAGGCUGGUAGGGGACAUCUCUCAGUUAAAGAAAGAACUGGACCAAUAUUUACAGGCAAUCUCUGACCUUGAAGACUGCAAUGGGAAGAGUUAUGGCAAAAUUUUGGAGCUUGAAGAGGAAAAUGAAAAACUGAAAGGGAAUCUGGGCCAACUCCAGAAAGCCACAUCUGAGAGUAUCAGGAAAUCCAAAGACACGAUGGGGCAAGUCACCCUGGAAAACUGGAAGCUCCAGACGCUGAUCUCGGAGCUUGGCGUCAGUUAUAAAGAGCUGAUAAAGGAUAUCGUGCUAGGAAUAGAAGACAUGAUCCGAGCCUUAAGUGGGGAGAACGAGCACCUUCUACGCAGGGUCCAUGUCCUGGAGAGGGAAGUCACCUUGCAGAGGAGCACGGAUCAGGGGCGUUUGGUGAGGGGAAGGGAGCACCUCCAGGGAAAAGCCAAGAUGCACGCUGUAGACAAAGAGGUGCAGGUGACUCCACUCACAGGACAGCUGCUUUCAAGAGCCUGUGGGCCACCCUUGGAGGAGGAAAUGAGUCUGGCUGCAGGGCAGACAGGACCUUCCACAGGCAGCGGGAAUUCCAGAUGCGGUGCUGAUUCUCCCCCUCCAUCGCUGGUCUGGAGAAACACUGGUGUAGCCAACGCCCUGCAAGGAAAUGUCAGUGGAGCAGGAGUGAAAGAAGCACAUUUGGAGAAAGAGGAGAAGAGGCUCAGGUGUUCUGUGGCUCAGGGGCAAGCUCUGAGCUCCCUGAGCAAUGGCCCCACGCUCCGGGACUCAGAGGCCGAGGUUACUGAGGAGGAUCCCAGGCUGCGUGCCCAGCAGCUCCAUCACCGGGUGCUGACCCUGCAGUGCCAGCUCAGGGACCAGGGCGCUGCCCACCAGGCAUCUCUGGACAAGGCCACCCGCCUCCAGGAGGAGCUCCAGGCCAAGCUUGAAGAACUUCAGAAAAAGCAACAUGAAGCAAAGUUGGCGGUGACUCCCCUGAAGGCCAAGAUAGCUUCCCUCGUCCGGAAGUGCCGGGAGAGGAACCGCCUGAUCACCCACCUGCUACAGGAGCUGCACAGACAUGGGCUGGGGAACCUCCUGCUCUCCGAGCUGGCACAGAACAUGCUCAACGACGUGGCACUGGCUGAGUACACGGCUGUCUUCCUGGCUCCAGGAGUCCCAGAGACAAGCCACCACCUGGACGUCAAGUCUGAGAUGACGGCAGCUUUAAGAGCUCAGACAUACCUCUUGAAUCCUGAAAUGGACAGUGUCCUCCAAAACUCAUUGUCUUCAGAGUCCUGGCCUGUUCCCGAGCCGGAGUGGCCAGCACAGACAGCCCAGCUGGAUUCUCUGAAGCUCCCUCUGUCCUUGGUGUCCACGCUUGAUCCUGGAACGUGCCUGGCAGCGGUCACUGUGGAACCAGGUCUCGCUGCACAACGUCUGCAAGGAAAAGGCGGAAUGCCCUGUCCUGCCCUCCAAGUCGAUAACGUCCCAGCACCCUCUGAGCUCCAGAGCCCAGCAAGGAUCCUGGCUUUUCACCAAGAGCUUAGACAAAGCAUUUGCAGCAAUUCCCAGGUACAUAAAUCACCGCUGGAGUUAGAAAUGUAAUAGGGCCACUCAUUCUCCGGAGCCAUUUCAUAGACUCCAUAAAUAUUUGAAGCAGAACCUUCAGAGAGUGCUUUAAGAAAUUGGUAGCAAUCAGAGCCCUCAUUUAGCGGCAAGUGGUUUUGCCUUCGGCUUUGGGAUUUUGUGUUCAUUGUCAGAGCUUGAGAGAAAUGCUGGCCUGUGCCUGGCAAAUUCUGAGGAGUUUGGCUUUGGCAAUGUCAAGGCAGCAUAGGAAAGAUUUACUACCAAACCUAUUGAAUGAUUGGUCCAGAGGUUCUCAACUGGGCGCAGUUUUAGCCCCCCAGGGAAAAUCUGGCCAUGUCUGGAGACGUUUUUGUUUGUCACAGCUGGGACACUGCUACUGGCAUCUGGUGGGUAGAGGCCAGGGAUGCUAUGAAAUGUCCUACAAUACCCAGGCCAGCCUCCUAAAGCAAAGAAUUACAGCCCGAGCGUCGCCAGUGCUGAGGUCGAGAGCCCAGGACGGAUCUCAUAGCUCCCAACAAGAUCAGCCAUGGAGAAUUGUUUUGUUUUUUUUUUUUUCUGCCCCCGGGGUCCUUCCCAUGUUUUAAAAGAUUUUUUGUCUACUAAGUGAAACGCCUAACUUAAAUCACCAUAUAUUUUACAUUUAAAAACAUUAAAACUAACCAGAACUUUCUAAUCAGUCCAUCCACUCCAAAAACCUCUGUUGAUAUCCACUGGAUGCCAGGCAAUGUGGCAUGAAGGAGAAGAGACAAGUCAAUGUUGAUCCUGGUGCCGGGGACCUCACAGGACAAUGGGAGAGAUACUCCUGUGAGUAAAUCAGCACGCACGCAAGUGUCACAUGUGCCCUGAGCAACGGGAUGAAGGCAAGGGUCCGUUCUACUCGGCUUGGGAGAACUGGAAGUCAGCCACAAAGGAAUGGCUGGGCAGUGUCCAGUGGGUGAGGUGGGAAGGGUGCUGCUGUACGAGGGAACGCAUGUGCAAAGGCCCUGAGGCAUAAAACUCAACUGUGCUGCUGUACGAGGGAACGCAUGUGCAAAGGCCCUGAGGCAUAAAACUCAACUGUGGAUGUGCCCCUGGAGGGGAAAUGGGCAAAGCAUGCUCUUGUCAAGCCAGCUGCAAGCAGUCACUGCAUCGUUCCCAUCCAGCACCCCUUCCUUCCACCGAGAACAGAGACUCGUGCCCCGAAUCAGGUGGGCGACUGAGGAGAAGAGCACUUCUAUCCUGAGGGCAGCCCCCCAAAAAGAGAGUCCAGGGGGCUUGGACGACACACAACAGACCCUGACCCAGGCUCACCCACCAGAGAUGUCACCUCUCUCUUUGGGAAGGGGCUGAGGAGGGGCUUAAGGGAAAGGUCAAAGCCGCUACCUGUCCAAUUCUGUCCUCUCCUGGAAGUCACCGUCCCUUCAUGGAAGGACAAACAAGGACAAGGACAAGGAACUGACGGCUCCCCAGGAAGUGUCAAAGUACAUAGAUUUAUUUUAACGUAGUUUAGCUUUUUGUUUUGAAAUGAAAAUUACACAGAGUUCCCGUAGACUCUUCCCCGGGCUUCCCUUGAUGUUAACAUCUCAUGUGACUUAUGUUGUACAAUUAUAGAAACUAGUGGGUUUUAUUUCGAGGAAAAUUGGGGAGCCAUUGAGACGUAAGAAAGGCAGCCUCAGCACAUUGAGUUCCACCCUUUAAAUUCGUUUAUGGGGUUUUCUGAUGGGUUAGCACAUUCAUCCAUGUAUUCCUGGAUUGAUUUACCCACAGAUCUGUCUAUUUAUUUAUUUAUUCAAUAUGCAUUUAGUGACUGCUGUGCGAGUGUCUGGCUGGAUGCUGCUGGGGAAGAAGUAAAGAUGAUGCUGUCCACCUAGGUUUUCAGGGACCCCCCUGGAGACCCUGUGGCCCCGUUACCACCCCUCAAGAAUCCCCAGAUUGGAAACCACUGCGGUGAUCCCUUUGUUGGUUCGACUACCCCAGGGCUUCCCUAUAAUUUCCAAGCAGGAAGUGACCUGCAGCACUGGUUUGGUGAUCCGCCUUCUGCCUCCCUCUGUAUUUUGGGACAACGUCAUUAGCUUUGAGCAUCAGGAACAUGACAGAGAGAGGACAGAAACCCGGUGCAGCCGAGGACAGCCAGCUGAGCCCUUGCUGAGCCAGUGAGAUGCAGCGUGGUGCCACCACAUCUGGUCUCCAGGACUCCCAGGAGCUCAGACGUCCGUCGUCUUGUGACUUCAUGCUCCCCUCUGCUGCGCUCACGUGCUGGGCCUGGGCAGAAAGGCAACCCAGGAAAUCCAUUAAAGCAAGCCAAGACGACCUUUGCAGCUUAACCCAACGAUUCCCUAAUAAAUCAUGUUUCCAAGGCAGAGCCACUUAUUCUCCCAGGCCAUGAAUUGCCGUCUGGGUCUAGCACUUUGGGUCGGCUCAAGCUUUGUGCCGUGGCUCCCUGGGGCACAGUACAGGAUGGCGGACUCCCCUCGCCUGGUCUGUAGACCCCAGCAUUUGGAAGGGCACAUGGUGGCUCCUUGCCACCCGUCAGAUGCUCCAGGGGCAGGACCUGCUCUGGCAACCCAGCAGGUUCAGGCAGGAACUUGGCACACAGGAGCUGGUCUCAGGCUGCCCCACAGGCAGGGAAUGACUACGAGUGACCCUGAGGCCUCUGGAGACCAGCCAGACGGUCCAGCCUGGCUCUGCAGCAGAAAACAAUUUGUCACACGGACUGUCAGCAAACAACAAUGGCGGACUUCCCUGGAGGUGGAGCCCUAAACCCUGCGAGAGCCUCAUGGGAAAUCAGGAUUUCUCCGGGCCCGUCCCUGUCAGCACACAGAUCUGCCUGCUGGUUUCCAUAAGCACUUGGUCAGAGCAAACAAAGGUCUUUCAUCAUCUGCUCCACGAACUCCCUUGGUGACCUGGAACCCAGCUGCUGCUGUCCGAGGAAGGAAGACAGCACAGGGGCAAACAUAGCAAGCUGGAAAAUAUUUACAUCCUUCUCAACUGACCGACAGAGCAGAGGUGGCCUAUGAUUUACAAUCCUUUCCAGUGAGCCAAAUUAUAAGCCAAGCAACCAUCUUCCCGUCUCAAGUCACUAAUAGGGAAUACUUCUACUCUGUAUGAUACCAACCUGGGGACCCAAGAGAUGGCUGUUGACUGUAAGAAGCCCAUAUUUAAUGCCAUGUGAGUGACAGGAAGUCGGGUCUGGAGUCCCAAGGACCUGUCGGCUCUGCUGCUCCUACGCUGGGUUGCCGUGCACAAAUAACUUACCUUCUUCCAACAUCCUCUUCUUCGUCUGUUUGAGGGUCAUAUGCCUACUUGACAGUUUUGCUCUGACAACCAAAUGAGCUAAUGGCUGGAAAAGCACCUGAACACUGUAAGAUUCUUUCUACGUGUCAGGAUCCUUGUUGUGUUUGUAAAAUGCAGUUCCUUCGACUUAGGUAUUUCACUGACGGUUGUCUCGGAGUGCACUCUGCCAUAAGGACUCAUUGAUUUACCAUUCUGCAUAGCUUCCAUCCAAGAUGGGUGAUGAGGGGAUGAUAGGAUGAUGGUUUUAAAAAAUCAUUGUAGUAGUUAUCUUGAUAUUAUAGAGCUGCUGAAGAAGCUUGGGCUAGGAUGGAGUUCCCAACCUGCACAAAAAGUUGUAUGCAUGUGAACUCUUUCCUAGGGAGAAGGAGCAUGGAUUUCAUCAGAUUUGCAAAUAAGACUGGUAGACAAGCACCCUAGAAGCCAAGCACCCCUGUAGCCAAGCACCCCUAGUCUCGGCAGAAAGGACUCUGUCCGGAAACCCGGAGAUGGACUCUGCCUCCAACUUGCUGGCGACUUUAUGGCUGUCCCUUGGCCUCUAUCCACCCCAGCUCCUUAUCUGUAAAAUGGGUGUGGCACAGUCUUCCAGUGGCUGAGUUCCUACUGAGGGGCAGGCUCUGGCCAGACAGGAAGCUUCCACACCCAGCCUUCUUGCUUCCAGAGUAAGCGAAGAGCUCUCCUUCUCUCAACUUGUGUCCAUGAGUUGCGCCCAACUGACCACAGCACCCCAAAGUGCCCAGGCAUGCAGCCUCAUUUCAGCUCCUUUUGCUCUGCAGUUAAAGAGCAUCGUGGCCCAGUUGCUGUGCUUGGACCCAGGGAGUCUGCUUCCUCUGACACCAUUUCCCUGUAAACUGCCGGGCUGUGAGGCCCGCCUACACUGGCAGCCAGGGGCCUGACAGGGACCUGUGAAAUCUCAGCAUCGCCCAGGAAGAUGCAGUGAAAAUCCAGCUGUUGAGCGGGAAACGUCAUUGAGCCACAUGUUUUCUUGCCCUGGCUGCUGUGAGACAGUGGGUGGUGCCCGGAAGUCAGAUCUGGUGGAUGGAGUUGGCCAUGGGUGUCUCAGAUCUCCGCAGAACCUGGGGCAGUGGUCAGUGCUGGGUGAGCAACAGGCAGGCCCCACAUCACAUUACAGACCUUAGAGAGUUUCCAGUCCACAGCGGAUACUGGCAGCCCUUGGGCCAGAUUUGGCCCACAAAUGUAUCAUAUUUGGCUUACAUUUAAUUUUUUUAUAAUUGUGAAUGCGCUCUGUGCCACUGAGCUGGAUACUUAAAAAUGGUUAAGAAGGUACGUUUCUCUAAAAUUCUAAAACGUAUCUUCUUAAUCAUUUUUAAGUAUCCAUUUCAGUGGCACAGAAUGCAUUCACAUCGUGGUGCAACCAUCACCAUCAUCCAUCUCCAGAACCUUUUCAUCUUGCAAAAUUAGAAACACCAUAUUCAUGAAGGAUUCACUCCUCAUUUCCCUGUCCCACAGCUGCUGGCACCCACCCUUCUACUUUCUAUCUCUAUGAAUUUGACCACUCUAGGACCUCAUGUGAGUGGAAUCAUACGGUCUUUGUCCUUUCAUGACUAGUUUAUAUCACUUAGCACAAUGUUUUCGAGGUUCCUGUGGCAGCAUGUGUCAGAGUUUCCUUCCUUUUUAAGGCUGAAUAAUAUUCCAAUGUGUGGAUGUACCACAUUUUGUUUAUCAUUCACGCAUUGAGGGACCUUUGGGUGGCUUCCACCUUUUUGGCGAUUGUGAAUAUUGCUCCUAUCAACACAGGUGUACAAAUGCCUAUGUUGCAUUUUUUAAUAUUGGAGUUAGCAAGUGACAUUUAAAAACCAAGAGAUUUCAUAUACAAAUCUGGAUUUCUGGCUUCUCUUGGAAAAUCAGUGUAUCUGACAGCAUCGGGCUUCCAUCUUCCCGGCCACAGUCAGAGGUGAAUGAAGCCAGCUAGCUCCCUCCCCCACUGAGAGGCACCCCACUCAGUGGACUGCAGGGCCCCCACUCCUUUCUCCUCCACUCACUGCAAAAGCUGCCUGGUUUCCACAGGCUAUGGCUUGGUGACACCUCGUCUGCUCAGCACCCUCAUGUUAUGGGUGAAAAUGCAGAGGCCCAGGGAGGAAGGGUGGCUGGGGCCCGAGGUCUCACAGGCCAGGAAGUGAUACAACCGCUGAAAUGCAGGAAGGGUCUGCAACUGGGCAUUGCAAAGCCUUGAUUCUACUUCCAGCUCUGCCACCUGCUUGUCCCAGGUCCCUGGGACAAAGCCCUUAAACUUUCUGAACCUAAAUUUCCUCUUUGGAGGAAAAUGGGAGAAAUGGCACCUUCUAUUGCAGCCUCGUGAAGUAUUGUGAAGACAGAAGGAGAUGUUGUGCAUUGACCAUUGAAUGCAGUUGGGAUGGGAAGAGGUGUUACUAAAAGCACAGGCCAUGUCAGGCAACCUAGCGUCUGGGGGUCUGUUUUCUCAUUUGCAAGACAGGAAAAGGGGCCACACCUUUCCCCACUGGGCUAUUACAAGGAUUAACUGAGGCAGGGAAAGAAAAGAAAAGCAUCCGGCAGAGGGCUUGGCACCCAGCAGAUGCUUCACAAAUGCUACUUCUUAACAAGUAAGGUCACAUCCAAGGGUUCCAAAUACUCUUCCUGCAGUACACAACCCAGGAAGAGAUGUAACAUCAUGGGAACAACCAGCUUCAGAGUCUAUUGGCCUGAUUUCAAAACCUAAGCUUGACGCAUUAGCCACUGAGGGCACUGGGCAGGUGAGCCCAUCUCUCUGAUCUGCAAACUCGUCCAUUGUUUAGUGGGGAAAAUAUCACUGUCCUUGACAGCACAGGGGGAAAUGAGAAAUGGAAGGUGCUUUUCACGUAGUAGACAUUCAAUAAAGUCUAAUUCCUUUCCUUGCCUUCCCCAGCAGAAAUCUGUUUUCUAGGUUAAAAAGAUGGCAUAUUUUCCAAAUAUCUUCAAAAAAGGGAACGAGGAAAAGUGUGGUUUCCAGCUUCCCACUGAGGUUUGUCAGUCACCAGGUUUCAUUCACUCAUUCAAGGAACAAGCACUGAUUGAGCACCACUAAGCACCAGGCACCACAAUAGGCCCUGGGGUUCUGGGAGAGAACAGAGUAGGCCAAAUUGCUGCCCUGGUGGGUGGGCUUCCGCUAAGUCUGCUCAGUCGCUCCAUGAGUACUCAUUAAGGGCCUCUUCUGAGCUGCCUUUCCAAGGGCCUUGGCUUUACCUGGAAGGCUCAUCUGUUGCUGUCUGUGUGAUUCCUGCAUAUCUGGACCUCACCCACUUCUCUGGCAGUACCAGAGAAUAUACCUGUCUUGGGCCCCAGACCUUUAGACAGCAUGGUGAUCCUGCCCGCCUGUGCUGCUUCGGUUAUUUCUUCAGUCCUUUCCAGGGUCCCUGGGCAAGGCUGAUGGAGCACUCCUGGGGAGAACAGUCCAUCCUACUGCACACAGGACACCCUGUGGGCCAGGUGUGGGCCCCAGAGAGCCUUGCCUCUUAGUUUACCUUUAGGCUUUGAAUGAAAUGGGAAUAUGGAUGGAAAGCCCUUUGUAAACUCUUAAGAUCUACAUGUAUAUACAGGAUUGGUGUUAUUUGACUUUCUUCUAGAGAGAUGACAGAGACCACCUGAUGUAGGAGAAACAGGUUAGGGUUUAAGACCAGAAUAGCUAGGCUGCAAUCUGGGUUCUGCAACUUAUUGGCUCCGAGACUAGCGAAAGUGGCCUCCCCUCCCCAGUUUACUUGCUGGGCAAAUGGAGAUAAUAAGAUACGCACCUCGGCACCUACUGUGCGCAAUAAUGGAAAAACUGGAUGGGAAGGCAUUUUGCAGAAUUACGUGUUGUGCAUAUAGUUUACUCAUGUCAUUAAUUUAAUGCACAUUUAUUAUACACCUACUGUGUGCCAUUAUGAACAAGGUGAUCUGUUAUAUGACAAUUUGGAAGAAAGUCCACAGGCUAAGGAAGAGAAGAAAUACUUGUCAGAUGGUUGUACUGCACAUUCAUAGAUUAUGAUUAGCAACAGCCAGCUAGUUGGCAUAGCAACGUUUCCCCAUGAACUGCUAGGCACUGUUCUUAAAAUAGGUAUGUCGGAGGUGUGGCGGCAGUGGGGACACGCUGAGGUAGUGUGGUUUGAUCGCUCUGCAGACCAACAUGGGCUGUGUGCUCAGAGUGGCCCUGCCAUUGCCCUUCCCAGGCAAGCCAGCAGGGCAGUGAUUAAGGUGACAGAUCCGGAAACAUCCAUUGUUGGAGCUGGAGACAGCCUCAGACUUCAUCUAGUGUAAGCAUCCUUCUCCUCCCCAUUUUACAGGUGAGGAAACUGAUUCCCAGAUGAGGUUAACUGACAUCUGCGGUCCAGUGACAAAGCCACUUGACUGCAAAUGGGACUGAACGUGGUUCGGAUGUCAUUAUGCAGUAUUCUCCAACCGUGCCAUGGGGCAGGCUCUUCUGAUUCAGAAUUUUAGGUCUUGGUCUGAUGCAAUUAGUCUUCUACUGGGUUGCAAUCUAUAUGGCAUCAUCUAGCAAUAGAUGUUAGUUUAAGGAAUUCUUUCAUUUUGUGUGGAAUGCAUGCCUGCAUUUCACCCUGGGGAAGCCCUGAAUCCCAGGAUAUCGUGGAAACUCACCUACUUUUUGGCUAGACUUACAUGAUUGAUCUUUAAAUCCACCCUUCCAUAGCCUUCCUUACCUAGUUUCUCGGUGUGAAAUCAAGCACCAAAGCUGGUCAAAGGUUUUUGAAUUGCUUUGGAAUGAGAUUAUUAUAUGAGUUUAGUUACCCAUCAUUGGAGAGAACAGGGAACGCAAGUCCUUUUACAGCUGGGGUCCUUUCUAUUUGUUUUACUCAGCUAAUUUAUUGAGUAAACUUUUAUAAACUUGAGAGGGGCUUUUCAUCUUCAGGCUGGUGAGCUUCUUUUAAGAGAUUCACAGCUCCCCUUUGGUUCCAGGGUGAAAUUCUAGGUCUGAAACGUGAAACCUUCUGAGAACUCAGCCAACUUCUGAGAAUAGGGUGCGAGACAUUUCUGACAUAUUUUAGACACAACCUGUUUUUCUCUGUUGAGACAGUGCCAUGCGGUGGGAAGGGCCCUGGGCUGGGAGUCCAGGCAGGGUAAGAGGGGCUGCAGCCCUGCCACUUACCCCCUCCAGGUCAUUUGAAGGAUGUAAAGACCGCAUUCUGUAUGGAUGAUUCUUCACCCUGGUUGCAUGUUGGACUCACCUGCAGAGCUUUUUAAAAAACUGAUGCCCAAGCCUCUCUCCAGGCCACUGAAAUCAAGUUGUAUUGGGUGGGGCCCUGGGCAGAGAUCUAUUUGAAAAGCUCCCCAGUGAUUCUAAUGGGCAGCUGGGGGAGAACCAUGGGAAUACAGUCACAUAGUCUCUUUCCACUCCCCCAUUCCCUGUGCUAUUUAAGUUCUAAAAUGCUAUUGUGGGUUUCUUCUGUGUUAGACUCAUAUUUAUUUAUGCUCCUAGCUAGGAAAGAAAUGUGUCCUCAGAGUCUACAGGAGGAAACUUCUCAUCUUUGGAGUAUUUUUGACCAUGAGUUGGCUUUGUAACUCUACCCUCAGAGGGCCUUUUAAACAGCUGGUGGUUCUUACAGAAAUGAAAUGCAUGAUGUGUUACUGCUUUGAGCUCCACUGUGGCAGAGCCUGGAGCUGAGCUCUUGGUGACUGGUCACUGCACAAUUCCGUGAAAGUUCAGAUAAUAUAAUUGGGUGGUAAAUGACACACUAAAUGAAUCUCUUGGGUGCAGUUGUUUGCAUCCUAAACUCCAGAAUAUGCAGAAAGAGAUAUUCUGUGAUAGAUAUAUCUGCCACUUGGGUAAGCAAACAACAGUAGAUUUGUCUUCGGCAUGUGCACCAGUGGCCAACUGCAUUCCUACCUAGCUUUGAAAUAAAUUAUUGGAAGUUCUCUGGUGCCUUAAGGUGGUGUAGAAGGAAAAGAUCCCUGGGGUUUGUUACUGUAUUUAGUUCUCUUCUCUGUGUUAUGGGAAUUUCUAAAAACAGAUAAUUUGUACCUUGGACCUAAAACUGCUUUCAAGAACUCAGCAGACUUGGGAUUGAAGGAUUGGGUUUUUUCUUUCCCAUGUGAACUUCCCUAAAUCCUACUCUGGCUUCAGAAAGCACAGCUCCUAUACAAGUCUGACUUCUGCAUUUUUAGUGUAAAUGCAAUGUAUUGAGUAAUGGAAAGACUAAUGGAAGAAUUGAUAGCUCAAAAAUGAGUUUUUUCCAACACCAUUUUUUUUUGUCUCUGAAAACACCAGCAGGCUGUGUCCAAGCAUGGGCUGAUGAUCCCUUUAUGUGAUGAUAGAACAAGGGAAGAGAGAGACAAAUUAAUGGGAUUGUUAAAAAUGGCUGAAAACUUGAUAUCAACUUUGAGUCAGUAUUUUCUUUUUAAAGUAGUAUAAUACAAUAUUUGUAAAUAGGACAUUGAAAGUGAUGGGGGAAAUAAAUGUCUAUGCAGUGACGUUAUAACCAUUAAUUCUGUAGUGGGAAAGGACAAGGUCUGCACCUAACAGCAGUAGGAGAGUGAGUUCUGGGGCCAGACACAGGACGGCUCUGCCACCGACUAACUGUGCAAGCUUGAACGGGGUACCUACCUCUCUUAACCUCAAAGUCCUCCAUGGAAACAGUGGGUAAGGUGUGAAGAUUAAAGAAAUAGCACGUUUCUUAAAGCACUCAGCAUGUCAGUGGAUGUUGGGAGCCUUCCCUCACCCCGUUGAAAAUGGGCUCUGUACAAACACAUUUUGGUGGCAGGCUGGGGCCUAUCGUACCAACCUGAGUUGGGGGAAUAAGAUGAUCUCUUCCACAGUUCGGGUUUGCACAACCAGCUUUUGCAGGUAAGGCAGGGAAGAGGCAUGAGUGUCAUUGGCAGAGCGAUAAGCGAGGCUGGCAAGUUCACUUUGGUAGAACCUCUGUAGACUCCUUAGUUCUUCCAGGUUGAAUCCUGGGCAGAAAUCACAUGAAAGCUGUGAAGCACAGACAUCAGUUUAGAAAUUGUGUACUUUCCCGCUGAAUCCCAAAUGCACAAUAACUGUACACCUUGCGGUUGCAUGAAUCUACAAGGUCUCCUAUGCGCCCUCAUUCAUAAACUCAAGGCUGAGAAUGUUGGCAGGCCAAGUCCUGCCCCUCCCUGGAGUGAGCUGCCUUGGUUCAUAUGGGAGUGGUCCAGCGACAGGACCCCACACCUCCCCUCCGGAAGCUCUUCAGCAGGACCUGCCUCGGGUCCUGGGGCAGCUAUCCUCCGGGGCCUGCCUGCAGUGAAACCAUCAGUCUGUGGAGAUGUUCACUGGAUUCCUGACCAGUUGUGGGUCGGGCUCAACCCUCCCUCUGGGUUUUCAGGAUUUGUAAUGAUCGCUCCAUUUGUGUAAAAUAGGCCGGCAUUUUCUCUUGUUACUGAGAUGUAUUUUUCUAUGUUAGUUAAAUGUAUAAUUUGUGUAAUUUUGUACAUUAAAAUGUAUGCUUUUUCACAAUUAAAGGGUUUUUUUUCCCUU